AGCCGUCGGACAGAAAAUCUACGGUUGAAAAUCGCGACUAACAUCCCGUGUUAAUCGCACCGUACCACUUUUUGAAACCAAAAUAGAUGCGUACAACAUUCCUUACCUUACAUCCCACAAACAAUGAUAGCAUCUCAGGCAAAGACAGAGUCCUCUGGUCAGUUCAUGUGUCCGUCUAGUCAGUGCUUGUCUGGUGUGUACCAGAUUAUAAAUUCUAUCCUUUCCUUAAUGGUUACAUCCGUCACUCAAUCCAAUGCAGUUUCCAUUAAUGGCUUUAUCUUCAUGCUAUAUAUAGGAAGGGUACUUAGGGAGGUGGAAGCCAGAAGCUAGUUGCAAUAUCCCAGACUCUGCUUUCCUCAGAUCUAUGGAUGAAACUGUUAAUUUCUUGAAAGGAAUGGACAGUAGGCUUUACAGGGCUUCUGUGGUGGGGAGCGUGCAUACACUUAACCAGUUGCUCACGGCUAAGCUUGAUAUUCUCAAUGAGGUUACCCCUCUUGGGAAUUCUGCACUACACAUAGCAGUUUCUUGUGGUAAUCUUCGAUUCAUUGAAAAGUUGCUGCAAGUGGUUAAUCAAAAUUCGCUAGUAGGGUACGAAUUUCUUAGGGCAAAAAAUUCAGAUGGAAAUACUGCAGUGCACCUGGCAGCCUUCCAUGGCCAUGACAAAGUGGUACAAGAAUUGCUCCGACAAAUUGAACGAGAUAUAGAGGCUGGUGAUAUUUUGAGCGCGGUGAAUUGGGAGGGAAACACUGCUCUCCAUGAAGCCGCAAAGGGGGGAAAUGAGAAGGUCCUGGAAUUAUUACUGAAGCAUGAUCGUCAUGGCGGUCUUGUUGGUGCAUUAAAUGAUGCUGGUGAAACUGCCCUGUUUAAAGCUUGUGAGGGCGGCCAUUGUAAUAUUGUUCAGAUAUUGUUGCCUUUAAUGACUUCCGACAAGGCCACGAAGAGAUCCGACGGCCGAACACCACUCCAUUCUGCCGUCUUCCAUCGACACACAGGUGUAGCUAUGAUGCUUGUAGAACAGAGGCCUGAAAUGGUGAAGCAAGCCGAUGAAUUUGGAAGAACGGCCCUGCACAUGGCUGCAUUAUCUCCUCCACUUUCUACUUUUCAGGCCGGUUUGACAUCUUAUCAAUUCACGGUGAAGAUUGGAGAAUUGCUUUUGCAAAAAGACAAUUCCUUGUGUUACAGAGAGGACAAGGAAAAAAAGUCCCCGCUUCACAUAGCAGUUAAAGAGGGGAAGUAUGAUCUUGUGAAGGUUAUUUUAAAGUACGCCAGAGACUGUAGAGAACUGGUCGACGGCAAUGGAAGAAAACCUCUUCAUUUAGCUGUCAUCAGUGCGGUCCGGAUUUCUGAGGAAUCCAAUUUUGCUGUAUUAUUUCAAUUCAAAAAUAUGCUUUUAUCCUUGAUGUCGAAAAGAUCCCUUAAUCAUCGCGACAAAAGCGGACACACUCCGUUGCAAAUUGCAAUGAGGAAUUUUGAUACAGAUCCAGCACUUUUCAGCAGUAUCAAAGAAGUGCUGCAAAUAAAUGGUGCUGUGGUGACUCCAGAGAUGCUGGAAGAUGCAAGAUGGAUAAGGAAAGCAACUACUAAACUAGUGUUCAAAGGCCAGGGUAUAUCUAUAAAUGCAGUGCUGAUCGCCACAGUGUCCUUUGCAGCAGUCUUUACAUUACCAGGAGGACUGGACUUAAAUGCAGGAGGCAAACCAACAGCUGUAUUUAUCGAUUCUUUUCUCUUCAAAAUGUUUGUGAUUUGCGAUGUGUUCUCGUUUUGUACUUCCAUUGCAUCAGCUAUUCUUGCAGGUGUGAGUAGAAAUCCAGUGGAGACUUUAUACUGUAUCUAUCUAUUAUGGUCUGCACUCAUAUCCCUGCUGGUAGCAUUUGGAACAGCCAUACAUCUGGUCAUUCAGUCAUCUGGAUGGUUAACAGUGAUUGUAUGGGUUAUGCCGUGCUUUGUUCCCAUUACCAUAUUCGUCAUUAGUUUUCAGUCCAAACAAUUUAUUUUUGGGCCAGAAAGAUACAAGAUUUGGUUUGUACUACUAUUUCCAGCGGCCUUCGUUAUGGGUAUACGUUAUUUAAUAUCAGAGAUAUUGUAUGUAUUCUUCCUCUCCCGCCUGUUUCUCAACGUAAUCCGCUGGGUAAAGAAGAAGACGCCCUUUGAAUCUUCUUCCGAAAGACAUUUAAGUUUUAAUUGAUUUCCAAUUAUCAAUGAUA